AAUCUUCGUGAGGCCAAUAGGGAGGCUCCUAGGCGGAGCACUCAGGUUGCUAAGGAAGGCUGUGGUUCACCGCUGUUGCUGCGCCGCGCGAAGCCACCAGAGUGUGGUGACUGGCGGUGGCUGCUCAGCCAAUGCCCACCCACUGUCUCUGCUCUCCGGUCUCUAGAAAACGCCUUCCCUUGUGUGCCGGGUGCUUACCUGAAGUGUAACACUUACUACACGCACCGAAAUGUUUUACUUUCCUACUUCCUCACCUUCAAAUCCGGAAAUGAGUGAGGCUCAGUCUUCUCUUGAGGCCAGCGCGCGGGAGAGACUUCGCUGGGUAUUCAACAAGUGUUGGAGGGACGAUGGCGCUGUAACGGGACAGGGUUGUGACAGUGCCUUCCGUGAGCUUUCGGCUUACUCCACCACCACGAAAUCAUACAGUCGCAAAGGACCUCGGAAAUCAUCUGCUGACUUUUGAGAGGCAAAAGGUGGUCCGUGUCCCCACGUUGGCCCAGGAGAUGAGUCCACGGAGAAAAGUUCUUUAUUUGGUAGUUACCUACUUAUUUCAAAGUGCAUUACAGGGGAAGAUGCCUACCAGGACAUGACUGUUUUACUGGUGUGACUUCUUAGGUCAAACAGAGAGUUGUGGAAACUGAGACUACUUAAAAAUGCUAAGUUAAAAAAAAUGGAGACUAUAAAGUUCAAGAACGGACGGGCGAGACUAACUGAUAGUGAUUAAAGUGAGAACAGUGGUAACCCAGCUAUUGGCUGGGAAGGAACCAGAGGAAACCGUUUGGGGUGCCCAUUCUGCAUUUUGAUAUGGAUGGUGAAUAACAAAGCUAUAUGCAUGUGAAAAAUUCAUCCAGUUCUACUCGAGGUUUUCCUUGUUGAUAUCUUUGUCUUCCUUGAUGGAAUCUGAAAGGAUGUGCUCAUUGGCCAUCUUGUUACCAUGAGGAAAGAACAUCUAAGAAUGGAGUCAGCACACUGGAAAGAGGCUUCAAAUGCCACUGCUGUUGUGCUCCAAAUUGCCAUUUAUAUGUAGGACAUGGGGCUGAAAAACUUCUCAGGCAUUUCUGAAAAUUCUGGCUUUAUUCUACUACAUGCUGUUCCCAGAAAGGAACUCUUGACAUAAUGAGACCACCUUGAGCCUCCAUUCAAGAAAAGACAUAACCUUCAGUAGCAGAACAAAUCAGGCCAGCAAGCAAGCUGCCAAGUCCUGCUCACUCCUUGUCAAGGAAAGCAGCUGGACCCAUUUUUAAUCAGCACUUCCCAACAUAACAUCCCUGGGUCAUUGAAGGAGACCAGACCAGAGUUUGAAACUUUCCAAAGACUUCCAAAAGACAUCUAAUGCAAAAACAUAUUUAGAUGACCUGUGUACAAAUCUGGUUGAUUUGAAAGACGAAGAAGGAGAAAACAGGUGUGAUUUUCACCCAGAAGUCACAUGAACAUGUUCCCCAUUUAAUAAUGGGUGCUGGUUAUUGAAAUAGCCCAAACCUCUACUACAGAGCAAGAGAUUUAACUUGAGAGAGGACCAGUUUGUCCAGAAACCAAGAAAUGGAUGACUACAAGUAUCAGGACAAUUAUGAGGGCUAUGCCCCCAAUGAUGGCUAUUACCGUGGUAAUGAGUCCAACCCAGAAGAAGAUGCACAGAGUGAUGUUACAGAAGGCCAUGAUGAGGAUGACGAGAUCUAUGAGGGCGAGUACCAGGGUAUCCCUCACCCAGAUGACAUCAAGGCCAAGCAGACCAAGAUGGCACCCUCGAGGGCAGAUGGCCAGGCAGACCUGAUGGCUGAGAGGAUGGAAGAUGAGGAGCAGUUGGCCCACCAGUAUGAGACCAUCAUUGACGAGUGUGGCCACGGACGCUUCCAGUGGAUCCUCUUUUUUGUUUUGGGUUUGGCCCUCAUGGCUGAUGGGGUGGAGGUGUUUGUAGUGAGCUUCGCCCUUCCAAGUGCAGAAAAGGACAUGUGUCUGUCCAGUUCCAAGAAAGGAAUGCUUGGGCUGAUAGUCUACUUAGGAAUGAUGGCAGGGGCCUUUAUCCUGGGGGGCCUGGCUGAUAAACUGGGAAGGAAGAGAGUCCUCAGCAUGGCUCUGGCCAUCAACGCUUCCUUUGCCUCCCUCUCCUCCUUCGUGCAGGGAUAUGGAGCCUUCCUCUUCUGCCGACUCAUCUCAGGCAUAGGUAUCGGGGGCUCUCUGCCAAUUGUCUUUGCCUAUUUUUCGGAAUUCUUGUCUCGGGAGAAGCGAGGAGAACACCUCAGCUGGCUGGGAAUGUUCUGGAUGACUGGGGGCCUCUACGCGUCUGCCAUGGCCUGGAGCAUCAUCCCACACUAUGGCUGGGGCUUCAGCAUGGGGACCCAUUACCACUUCCACAGCUGGAGGGUGUUUGUCAUCGUCUGCGCGCUGCCCUGCACCGUGUCCUUGGUGGCUUUGAAGUUCAUGCCAGAGAGCCCACGGUUUCUGCUGGAGAUGGGCAAACACGAUGAAGCCUGGAUGAUUCUCAAGCAAGUCCAUGACACCAACAUGAGAGCCAAGGGAAGCCCAGAGAAGGUGUUCACGGUUUCCAAUAUCAAAACGCCCAAGCAAAUGGAUGAAUUCAUUGAGAUCCAGAGUUCAACAGGAACUUGGUACCAGCGCUGGCUGGUCAGAUUCAACACCACUUUCAAGCAGGUCUGGGAUAACGCACUGUACUGUGUGAUGGGGCCCUACAGAAUGAACACACUGAUUCUGGCUGUGGUCUGGUUUUCCAUGGCUUUAAGUUACUAUGGACUGACAGUUUGGUUCCCUGAUAUGAUCCGGUAUUUCCAAGAUGAAGAAUACAAGUCUAGAAUGAAGGUAUUUUUUGGCGAGCACCUGUACGGUGCCACAAUCAACUUUACGAUGGAAAAUCAGAUUCACCAGCAUGGGAAGCUUGUGAACGACAGGUUCACAAAGAUGUACUUUAAACAUGUGCUCUUUGAGAACACAUUCUUUGAGGACUGCUAUUUUGAAGAUGUUACAUCUACUGACACCUAUUUCAAAAACUGCACCAUUUUGACAAGUGUCUUUUAUAACACAGAUCUCUACGAGCACAAGUUCAUCAACUGUCGGUUUAUCAACUCCACCUUUCUGGAUCAGAAAGAGGGCUGCCACAUGGACUUUGAGGAAGACAAUGACUUCCUGAUUUACCUUGUCAGCUUCCUUGGCAGCCUGUCUGUCUUGCCUGGGAACAUCAUUUCUGCCCUGCUUAUGGACAGAGUUGGAAGGCUCAAGAUGAUCGGUGGCUCCAUGCUAAUCUCAGCAGUCUGCUGCUUCUUCCUGUUUUUUGGCAACAGCGAGUCUGCGAUGAUCGGCUGGCAGUGCCUGUUCUGUGGGACCAGCAUUGCAGCCUGGAACGCUCUGGAUGUGAUCACAGUAGAACUGUAUCCCACCAACCAGAGGGCAACAGCCUUUGGCAUCCUCAAUGGAUUAUGCAAAUUCGGUGCCAUCUUGGGAAACACCAUCUUCGCUUCUUUUGUUGGGAUAACCAAAGUGGUCCCCAUCCUUCUGGCUGCUGCUUCUCUGGUUGGGGGUGGCCUAAUUGCCCUUCGACUGCCAGAGACUCGAGAACAGGUCCUGAUGUGAAUAACCUCUUGGAAAAGGAGAGAUCGGAAGAAUCUUGUCCAGGACACUUAAAUGCAUCCACAUUUCCUGUCUCUCGCUGUCCAGAAGCGAGAGAACCUUGGGCAGCACAGGAGAGGAAGUUGAUUGUAUAACCCCUAGUUUAGGACCCACUUCAGCUGUCCAUAUGUUUGCAACUCAGGUGACUGAUUCGGGGGUGUCCUGAGCCCCUCUUGGAAUCACAGAGAUGCGUGCUUGGCUUCAGGUGUCCCCAGCCCAGGGCAGGGAGAAGACCCACCAGUGGUUGCAUACACUAAGAAAGGAGUGUAUGAUUCCUUGAGUGAGGUCCAAGAACUUACUUGCAUUUCAAAAUAAAUUUGAAAUUUAGGAAUACUCCAGCUUCUCCAUAGGGCUCCUCAGAGCCUGAUGACCUGAGAAAUCGACUUGGCUGGAAGUUUGAAUCAUCAUAUGAGUAUUGGGUUGGAAGUACAGGAUACAUAUAUUUUUGCAUUUCAGAGUACUAUCAUAUUUUCCAUUUAAAAAUGGGUACAAUAGCAUCGAAGUUACUCUGAUAUAUUAACAGAGAACCCAAUAUUUCAGCAAUAUCUACAGAGGUCUACUUUUCCCUCUAAGUGUCCUAAACCUUUCAUGGUGAUUAGGUGAUAAAGAAUGAUACAUACUCCCCUUUUGCUCAAUUCAAAGAAACUUAAAUGGGGUAGCUAUCCUGUAAACUAAGUUUGUAGGUAACUAUAUUGGGGUUUAAUUUCCAGAAAUGGCACCUGCAAAUAUUGCCAGAAUUUUAGCCAUAUUUGGGAGAACUUGAUAUUUGGAGCUCCCAGGAAAUUGGGUUUGAUCAAAUGAAGUGCAAGCACAAUUUCUUAAUAGCCAUUUAACUUGCUGUUGGGAGACUGCCCUUAGCAAACCCCACCAUACACUCAUUAGUCUAGGCACUUUUCUCCGUGUAGGUGGAGUGAGCAGUUUCUCUUACACAGAUUGCUUGUGAAACCCAAGCUGAAUAGCUUUAGUUUGGCAUUUAACUUUGCUGCUCAUCCGGAAGCAGCACAGAAUUGACUAGAGGCCUCUGGAAUCUUUUUCUACAGGUGAGAAUAAAACAACAUGGAGAUUGAGAGUGGGGUGGUGAAGGAUGGCUACAGUUCUUCAGAGUGUAAACUUUUUCAGUUUGUUUUAGCAGGAAAACACAAUCCACGCUUGUUAUGGGGGUCAAGUCUCACGAGAAGUCUAUGCUAUCUGUACUUAGGGCUUUUGAAACUGAGGCCAUUGACGUGGGACCUAGGGCGAGCAGUGGAUGUCAGACAUGGUUAUCUUCUAACGGUCUGAGAGAACUCUUUUGUGUGAUCCAGUUUGGAACAUAAACAGGGGUGAGGUGGAGGGAGGAACCCGGGGCAAACUAUUUUGGCAAGGGUCAGUGACUAACUGAAGUCAUGACUACAUGGAAAAGGACACACGUUUUAUUCAUCAGAACUGUCUAGCAAUGGAAGAGACAGUGAGCUGUGAACUCCUGGCAGUGGGAAUAAACUUGCCCAGACCCUCACGAACAUCUCAGUCUGCAAGAACUAUUACAUCUUCAAGUGGAUAUACAACACUCUUCAGUGACUGCGAAGUGCCACCCCUUCCCCAACCGUAAAUCUCCAAACAUUUAAGACAGUUACAACUGCAGCUGCAUUGAAUGUUUCCUUAGUCUUGGGGAAAUGCUUGAAUCCUGGGAUACCUUCAGGCCAUCUCUGUGCAAUUCUUUCAAUUAACAGGCUGGCAGGGGGAAGUGUAAAUUUUGUAGCACCUCUCCCACUCCGCUGGAGAUCAGUUUUAACAGUUACAAUGUUUACUCUGCUUCUCUUACUCCCUCCUCUCUUUAUUCACCCUCCUUUAUUUUCUGUACAGGGAAGGAAGACACAUCCCCUCUCAUCUGGCACCUCAAUCCCCCCAAAUAUAUAUAUAUAUAUACAUACACAUAUAAAUAUAUCACUGUGUAUUAUUGUUUCUCUUAGUGUCUUAUAGGAGCUACCUAACAUAAUAUUGUGUCUAGAACGAGGUUUUAUGUAAUAUAGCUGUAAUAUACUUUCCAUAUUCCUGUGAUACGAAAUACAGUUCCUAGGUUCAUAAAGAGAGUUGUAUAAAUGUGGGAUUACCACCUCCCUUAAAAUGUUCUUCAAUGGGAUAAUACAAUUCAAUGAGCAACCACCUCUAAAAAAUUUACAAGACAGAGCCUGCAUUAUUAGUUACGAUAGAUGUUGUAAAUUUGAAAUCUGAUUAAUUCUUGAGUGCUGGGUGGCUGUGGUAAUUUGGCAGUUAACUUCAUUUGGUUUCCAGGUUCUAACUUCUGCUAUUGUUUUAUGGCUUCUUAAACCAACGACCUAAUCAGCCAUGAACAGGUCCCAUGUCAUCCACUGGUUAGAAUGCUGUCGACAGGGCAGCUGUGUUCAGCAGCCUUUCCCCAUGAAGGAUUGUCUGGCACCGGUACCUGGCCACUGCUUAAGUGCUGUCGCUCCUGCUGAGACAAAUAGAUCUUUAAAAAUAGUCUCCGUGGCAGAUCAUCGGGGGAUAAUGUGCAGCAUUCCUGGCCAUCUACUUCUUUGUAUCCUGUUCUACCCCGAGAAACACCCACAGCAUCCACGGAGGGCUAAAGGGAUCAGGCCGCUUCUUCGUUGAACAAAUGCAUCCACAGUUCACGAUGUAUUUUAUCACACCCUAUUUGGAAGCAGUUACUUUUAAUAGUCUCAUCUGUAUUCUGUCCUCUCCUGAUGCCGAUUUUUGAUCUUUUUGUUUUAUUAAAAAUAAUUAGUGAAAGA